AUGCAGGGCCGGAGACCGAAGCAAGAGGAUCGACAUGUGAAGAUUCCUGACCUCACAAAGGCGGCGAAGCUGGGCGCCAACGGCGCCAUGUAUCGCUUCCUGGUGGCCCGUUUCCUGGUGGCCAUCGCCUCACAUGACUUUUGGCCCCACUAUGGUGGCCGACGAGAAGUGACCAGCCUGGAUGGCGAGUGGCUCUUCGGCUUCAAUGCCUCGAAGGAUUUGGAUGUCCUCCAGGACUUUGAUACAACCACGCCUGGCUUGACCCCACACGGUGCUGCGGUACCCUCCAGCGUUGAUGCCGUGCCCCCUGGAAUCCUUGGACGUCGUGGCGUGGCGAUGUACCGAAGGAGCUUCCAGCAGAAGGGCCGUGCACGACUUCAGUUCAUGGGAUGCUCCUUCUACUGCCGAGUCUUUGUAGAUGGAAAAGAAGUCGGAGAACACCGGGCUGGUGGCUUUGUACCCUGGUGGCUUGACCUGGAAUCACCAUCACCAUCGGAAAUCACCAGAGAACUUUUUGUAUUAGCAGACAACCGCUUCAACCGAACCACUGCACCACUGCACACCGGUGGUGACUUCUGGCAUUAUGGCGGUUUGGUGCGAAGUGUCUUGUUGCACGACCUGCCAGAUGAUCCUCGUGAGGCCUGGGUUUGGCGUGCCCAUGUCAUUCCGAAAGCAAGCGAAUACAGCAAAGGGUAUCCCAGUGGACAGGUUGACAUCAAUGUGACUUUAACCUCCAACUUUAGCGGACCCAUUUCCUGUGGGAUUGCCUUCGAUGACUUCAAGGAAGAGAUCUUCAAUGUCACAGCCAAAGAUGGGAAGUUUAGCAUUCAGGCCAUUGAUGUUCCGAGGCCACGAACUUGGUCCAACGUUGAUCCACAGCUUACCACCGUUACGGUGAAAACCUUUGGUGCUUCAGUAACCGAGCGAUUUGGCAUGCGAAUUUGGGGCGUGGAUGACGGACACGUGACAUUGAAUGGGGAGAAGAUCAAAUUGCAUGGCUGGAAUCAUCAUACACAGUGGCUCGAUACUGGAGCUUCUCCCACUGAUGAGCAACUGGACACAGACAUGGCGUUGCUGAAAGAGGGCCGCGCCAAUUUUGUGCGAGGAGCCCACUACCCUCAGGAUCAAAGAUGGCUGGAUCGCUUGGACAUGGCAGGCUUCGCGAUGUGGGAGGAAACCUUGGGCCCUGGUGUGUCUGUAGAGGACAUGCAAGACUGGUCGCAUUUCAUGAAGUACCAGUUGCAACAAGUUGAGGAAAUGUUGGAAGCCAGUAUGAACCACCCAUCCAUCAUGGUGUGGGCUUGGUUCAACGAAGGUCCUUCAAAUCAUCAAGAGGCCUGUCCUGCAUAUGCUGCCUGUGCACGAAUUGCUGGAAGGGAUCCAACGCGGCUUUUGUCUUGGGCUUCCAACAAACAGCAAGACGACAAGUGCUUGGAGUACGCAACUGCUGUGAGUUUUAACGGCUACCCCGCGUGGUAUUCUGAUCAGCAUCAGCUGGACGCACCGGCACGUUUCUGGAACCAGAACGUUGCAUGGGUCCGAGACCACUAUCCUCAUAAGCCCUUCUUCAUUAGUGAGACUGGGGCUGGCGGCCUGUUUGAGUGGGACAAGAAUACGACGGAUGCUUACUGGACACUCAAGUACCAGCAAGAGGUCAUUGAUCGAGACGUUGAUGUGGCUCUGGGAAACGAAAAUGUGUCAGGGCUUACGCUGUGGCACUUCUUUGAUUUUAAAGGCAACGACGGAGCACAAGCCUGCGGAGUGGUAGAUGCCUACCGACGCAAGAAACCCUCAUUUGCCUUGAAGAUGCCAAUCGACCACCUUCCACAGCCCUGCGCCUUUUUUUCGGUCUAUGAUGGCCACCAGGGACAUCAGUGCUCCGAGUUUGUAGCGAAGGGCUUUCAUGUGAAGCUCCUCAAACGGUUAUCUGCCGACACGGACUCUGCCAAGUGGACGGAGGAAAGGAUAUGUAGCACUUUGAAGGAGAUUUGUGAGGAACUGGACUCCGAGUUCCUCCAGAAGUUUCGAACAUCUCCGGAUGGAACCACCUUGGUUGUUGCGCUCGUGGUGGGCACGAAGCUCUACACCGCUUGGGUGGGUGAUUCUAGAUUGGUUUUAUGCCAGAGGUCACAGAUGCAGCAAUUGCUAUCUGUGGCGGCAACCAAGGACCAUCGGCCGGGUCUGGAGGCUGAGGCCAAGCGUGUCAAAGAUGCCGGUGGCAUUGUCCUAGACUUCGGCAUGGGCGUGUACAGGGUUGCCCAUGAUGGAUACAAGGCGGCCGAGUUGCUGUGGACAACACCGAAAUCGCCGCAGAAACGUGAGAAGAUGCGAGAGAUUCGACGCCAACAGGCACUGGGCAUGGGCUUUGCGGGCAAGGAGCCGGUGGCACUGGCUGUGUCUCGUGCCAUAGGUGAUCGAGACUUCAAGGCAGUGACUGGGAAAGCGCUGCUCAUCGCACAGCCGGAUGUGAAGUGCGUGCAACUCGAUAGGACGCACAUGUCCAUGGCGUUGAUGUGUGAUGGAAUUUCGGACGUCAUGCGAGACGAAGAGAUUUGUGCGGAGCUGGAGAUGAGAAGACCUGGUCCACCGGACCCGGUGAAGCGUUGUCGAAUAGCGUGCGGGGCUCUGGUUCAGGAAGCCUACAAACGCGGCAGUGAGGAUAACCUCACGGUGAUUUUCGUUCGUUUCCAGUGGGAAGGGUCUCCGCCGCAGGCGCCAUUGCCAAGUAGCCACCCCUUUGCCAAAGCCAUGGCAGAAGCAGCGUCCAAAGGCAAAACUGCCGCUGCCGCCUCGAAGAAGAGGCGACAAGAGGCUGCUGCAAGUGUGAAGCGGCAAAAAGUGGACGCCUAUGAGUCGGGAUCCACAAGAUUCCACGGAAAGGUGAUGCGACAAUGCGACAUGGCCGGGCUGGAUUUCUUUGAGAAUGGCUUUGAAAAUAAGGGACUUUGGCCGUGCGAUGUCCAAGGCGUGCUAUCGCCCAACAAAACCGGGAGGAAGAAGCCCGAUUGA